ACUGAGUACUCACUCUGGAGACCGGCAGAAGCAGACAGUACUGACUGAGUACUCAUUCUAGACCUCCUUACUCACAGACACCAUGGCAAAGUACCUCCAAGCCCUUAUCCUGCUUGGAGCUCUUCUGGCAGGAGCUAUAGCUGAUGAGAACGUUUCCCUGGUGAGGAAAGGAGCUAAUGGCCAGUACCACAUCAUCGUGACUGACAGCGAGGCCCAGGUUGCCGUGGAGUAUGUGGACGCUGGGAAGGAUUCCGUCCUCAUCCUCAUAGACUACAAGACAGGAUAUAUGGCUGUCAAGUCCUUUGAGAAGCAAGCCUGCUACACCAUCAAGAUGAACCAGGAUUUCCCCCCUUUGAACAAGCUGAAGGAGACGCUGGGGAACCUCAAGACUCAGGACCCCCCCAGUGCCCCCCCACAGCAAUACAUUCCCACCAAUAUCUCCGUCAAGAACCUGGCGAUGCUGGGGGACUCAAUCCAAGCUGUUUGCCACAACCUCCCUAUCUACUGGACCCAGAGACAAUCAGGCAUGAUGCUGGAUUUCUCCUUCUGCAACGGACAACUAUUUAACUGGUGGAUCGUGCAUAUAUGCUUUGGACUGAGCUAUUAGUAACAGGAGGCAUCACUUCCCCAUCUUCUGAUGAGAAGAAAAUACUAACGAAGUCCUGGAUUUCAUUUGAGACAGAAUCAUUAUUUUGGCUUAUAACACUGAAUGGUAAGCCAGAGACAUAAGCAAUUACUGCUGUGGGAUCAAAUAAAGUACAGCAAAUUCAGUCACCUACACAUUUUAAUGCUGUUUUCAAUGUCGUCAUGUUCUUUAUUUGGC